AAUACCAGGAUCCCACUCUCUUAACUUAGAAAACGACUAUUUAUACCUGCUCUUCGAGGACAUUCCAGUGUCCAUCUCCCAGUCUAGUGCUAGUUGUCGCCGGUAGUAUCAGUGGUAGAGGGAGAGAGCGUGAACGGUUAAAGAUGAGAGAAAUCCUUCACGUACAGGGUGGCCAAUGUGGUAACCAGAUCGGAUCCAAGUUUUGGGAAGUAGUGUGCGAUGAACACGGGAUCGAUCCGACAGGGCGGUACACGGGCACAUCGGAUCUGCAAUUGGAAAGGGUGAACAUCUACUACAACGAGGCAUCUUGUGGAAGGUUUGUUCCCAGGGCAGUCCUUAUGGAUCUAGAGCCAGGAACUAUGGACAGCGUGAGGACGGGACCCUAUGGCCAGAUCUUCCGCCCUGAUAACUUCGUGUUUGGACAAUCUGGCGCAGGUAACAAUUGGGCCAAGGGACAUUACACUGAGGGGGCCGAGCUUAUUGAUUCGGUCCUUGAUGUGGUGAGGAAGGAGGCGGAGAACUGUGACUGUCUUCAAGGGUUCCAAGUGUGUCACUCACUGGGUGGAGGAACUGGUUCCGGGAUGGGAACUCUGCUGAUCUCUAAGGUCAGGGAAGAGUAUCCUGAUCGGAUGAUGCUAACUUUCUCUGUAUUCCCGUCCCCAAAGGUCUCCGACACAGUUGUUGAACCCUACAAUGCAACUCUUUCUGUACACCAGUUGGUGGAGAAUGCGGAUGAGUGCAUGGUUCUUGAUAAUGAGGCCCUUUAUGACAUAUGUUUCCGUACUCUCAAGCUUACCACUCCUAGUUUUGGGGACCUAAAUCACUUGAUCUCUGCUACCAUGAGUGGAGUUACAUGCUGCCUUAGAUUCCCUGGCCAGCUAAAUUCUGACCUUAGAAAACUAGCCGUAAACUUGAUUCCAUUCCCUCGACUACACUUUUUCAUGGUUGGUUUUGCCCCGCUGACCUCUCGAGGAUCACAACACUACAUAUCCCUCACAGUCCCCGAGUUGACUCAACAAAUGUGGGAUGCAAAGAACAUGAUGUGCGCAGCUGACCCUCGCCACGGCCGUUACCUCACUGCAUCGGCCAUGUUUCGCGGGAAGAUGAGCACAAAGGAAGUCGACGAACAGAUGAUAAAUGUACAAAACAAGAACUCAUCCUACUUCGUCGAAUGGAUCCCGAAUAACGUGAAGUCGAGUGUAUGCGACAUUCCACCGAGGGGUCUCUCUAUGGCUUCCACAUUCAUCGGUAACUCAACUUCAAUCCAGGAAAUGUUCAGAAGAGUUAGCGAACAGUUCACUGCUAUGUUCAGGAGGAAAGCUUUCUUGCAUUGGUAUACUGGUGAGGGUAUGGAUGAGAUGGAGUUCACUGAGGCUGAGAGCAACAUGAAUGAUCUCGUCUCAGAGUACCAACAGUAUCAGGAUGCUACAGCUGAUGACGAGAUUGAAUAUGAAGAGGAAGAAGAAGCAAAUCAGGACAAUUGAACACUUCAGAGUUUAGCUGCUCAAUAUUUAUUUUUUUUUCUUAUACCUUCUUAUUAUUAGCUUUGGUGCAAGGAAUAAAUUCUCUAUUGUCUUUUUGAUUGCUGCGGUUUAUGUGCUGAGUAUGCCUUAAAAAAAAAAUUCUGCUUCUUUGUUGAGCAAAAACAUUUGGUGAUUUUCUGUGUUCAUGUUUGUAAUGGUGUGCUUUGUUUAAUAAAAUUUGCAUCGAGUUGAAUUA